GGAUAAGUUGAGGGAACAUGGCGGCGUCUCAUCUGCUGAAGAACAAAGGCUCCCUACAGUUUGAGGAUAAAUGGGACCUGAUGCGCCCCAUCGUUCUGAAGCUGCUGCGGCAGGAGUCCGUCACCAAACAGCAGUGGUUUGACCUCUUCUCAGAUGUUCAUGCUGUUUGCCUCUGGGACGACAAGGGUCCAGCUAAGAUCCACCAAGCUCUGAAAGAGGACAUCUUAGAUUUCAUCAAACAAGCACAAGCACGGGUGCUGAGCCACCAGGAUGACACGGCGCUGUUGAAGGCCUACAUCGUGGAGUGGAGGAAGUUCUUCACGCAGUGCGACAUCCUGCCCAAACCCUUCUGCCAGCUGGAGAUCACUCUGAUGGGUAAGCAGGGGAGCAACAAGAAGUCCAACGUGGAGGACAGCAUCGUCCGCAAGCUCAUGCUGGACACGUGGAACGAGUCCAUCUUCUCCAACAUUAAAAACAGGUUACAGGACAGUGCCAUGAAGCUCGUACACGCCGAGAGGCUGGGGGAAGCCUUUGACUCCCAGCUGGUCAUCGGAGUGCGAGAGUCUUACGUGAAUCUGUGCUCCAACCCUGACGACAAGCUGCAGAUCUACAGGGACAACUUUGAGAAAGCUUACAUGGAUUCGACUGAGAGGUUUUACAGAACACAAGCGCCGUCCUACCUCCAGCAGAACGGAGUCCAGAACUACAUGAAAUAUGCUGAUUCGAAGCUGAGGGAAGAGGAGAAACGAGCUCUGCGAUAUCUGGAGACGAGGCGCGACUGUAACUCCGUACAAGCAUUAAUGGAGUGUUGCGUCAAUGCGCUGGUGACGUCGUUUAAAGAAACCAUCCUGGCUGAGUGUCCCGGUAUGAUCAAAAGAAACGAGACGGAGAAGUUGCAUCUGAUGUUCUCCCUGAUGGAUAAGGUGCCCAGCGGCAUCGAUCCGAUGCUGAAGGACCUGGAGGAGCACAUCAUGAGUGCAGGCCUGGCAGAUAUGGUGGCCUCAGCAGAGACCAUCACCUCUGACUCUGAGAAGUACGUGGAGCAGCUGCUGACCCUGUUCAACCGCUUCAGCCGGUUGGUGAAGGAGGCCUUUCAGGACGACCCCCGCUUCCUGACUGCAAGAGACAAGGCCUAUAAAGCGGUUGUGAACGACGCCACUAUAUUUAAAUUAGAGCUUCCUCUGAAACAGAAAGGGGUAGGGUUAAAAACCCAGCCUGAGUCCAAGUGUCCAGAGCUGCUGGCCAACUACUGCGACAUGCUGCUGAGGAAGACGCCGCUCAGUAAGAAACUCACCUCUGACGAGAUCGAGGCCAAGCUCAAGGAAGUGCUCUUGGUGCUGAAGUACGUCCAGAACAAAGAUGUGUUCAUGCGCUACCACAAAGCCCACUUGACCCGCCGUCUCAUCCUGGACAUCUCAGCCGACAGCGAGAUCGAGGAGAACAUGGUGGAGUGGCUCAGGGAAGUUGGGAUGCCAGCUGACUACGUCAACAAGCUGGCCCGGAUGUUUCAGGACAUCAAGGUAUCCGAGGACCUCAACCAGUCCUUCAAAGAGAUGCAUAAACACAACAAGCUCGCCUUACCAGCGGACUCCGUCAACAUAAAGAUCCUGAAUGCUGGAGCCUGGUCGAGGAGCAGCGAGAAGGUUUUCGUCUCCCUCCCCACAGAACUGGAGGACCUGAUACCCGAGGUUGAAGACUUCUACAAGAAGAACCACAGCGGCAGGAAACUCCACUGGCACCACCUCAUGUCCAACGGCAUCAUAACUUUUAAGAACGAAGUGGGCCAGUACGACCUGGAAGUGACCACGUUCCAGCUGGCCGUGCUGUUCGCCUGGAACCAGAGGCCGAGGGAGCGGAUCAGCUUUGAAAACCUCAAGCUGGCCACCGAGCUGCCCGACGCGGAGCUGCGGCGGACGCUCUGGUCUCUGGUGGCGUUCCCCAAACUCAAGCGGCAGGUGCUGCUGUACGAACCGGUGGUGUCGUCCCCCAAAGACUUUGCAGAGGGAACGUUGUUCUAUGUCAACCAGGAGUUCUCGCUCAUCAAAAACUCAAAGGUUCAGAAAAGGGGGAAGAUCAACCUGAUUGGUCGGCUGCAGCUCACCACAGAGCGAAUGAGAGAAGAGGAGAACGAGGGCAUUGUCCAGCUCAGGAUACUGAGAACGCAGGAGGCCAUCAUCCAGAUCAUGAAGAUGAGGAAGCGGAUCAACAACGCCCAGCUGCAGACGGAGCUGGUGGAAAUCCUAAAGAACAUGUUUUUGCCACAGAAGAAGAUGAUCAAGGAGCAGAUCGAGUGGCUGAUAGAUCACAAGUACAUCAAGCGGGAUGAGACGGAUAUAAACACCUUCAUCUACAUGGCGUAGCGCGGCCGCAGGACUCCUGUUUGAAUUUGGUUUCAGUGGAUCAGGCCUGAUGGACACUAGAAUACUUCCAGGCUCCCCGUCCUUCUAUUUAAACGAAAAUAAAUCCCACCUCAUGCAGGGAGGAAUUAAUUUAAAACUGUUUCAAAAAAGUUGAACUUCCUGCCUUAAACUUGUACAAGGAAUAAAAAGGUAAACCUUGAAGCUGCAGCGGGGAGCACCGAAUGGUCGUAGCUGUUUUUAGCGGAGGGGAGUUUCCUCUGCUGUCCAGAUGAGGCUGAUAAACGUCGGCGGCCUCUUCCUGAUGACGCGGCGAGCCACGCGGGCGGCUGCUUCCUCUCCUGGUCGACGCUUGCACAAGUCUAAAGGCACGCUGACGGGAAGAGCUGAGCAACUCCACAUAUCAGCUGUCCACUUUUAAUCCGUGUCAAAUCCAGACAACUUGAACCAAACCGCUGCCCUCUCACCUCGGAGGCAACGCUGCUAUCAUCCACCUACUUUAUCACGGAGCUGCGAUGCAGCUGUGACUCGGCUGCCGUGGUUACAGUGAUAAAACGCUCAAUCUGGACACAGAAUAUAAAAAAGAGAAGCACUUCACAGUCGACAGGAUCGGGGCGGCGUAGGAGGCAGCUCCGACCCCGCCGGGCCUCGGUUCCUGGGUGAACGUGGGGUCACUUGUCGCUGUGAUCAGAGCCCCUCCACCAGACGUACCCAGGGACUGAGGGGGUGUGGGGGUCCGAGAGGUCAGCUCGUGUUCGGAGCAGCCCUCUCAUCUGCAGGAAGCCUGGGAGAAGAGGCUGAGGACAGUGUUACAGAAUACUACAGUUCAAAGCUAUCAGAGUGUAACGUGAGAUGUGAAUAAUGGAAUGAAUAAAUAAAC